CACUUCAGAGUGAUUGGGCAGUCCUUUCCGUAUAACUCUUGGGCAACAGGAACUUCUGAAGUAUCAAGUGGUUCGGGUUUAAUUGUGCGUACUCAUAUUUUGAAUGGACAUAAGAGGACCGUUCUUUCGGUGGAUACUACUGGCACUACAGUGAUUAGUGGUUCCAAAGAUCGAACUGCCAAAGUAUGGGAUCUGGAAAAAGGUGUUGAAAAAUGUUCUUUUCACCAUCAUCCUAACAGUGUAUCAUGUGUUCGCUUCAUUCCCAACAGUCACAUGGCGCUAACUGUUUCUUUAUCUUUUAUUCGAAUUUGGGAUUUAAGAAGUGAACAGUGUGUACGUACACUACAUUCAUCUGGUCUUGCUGAUUCCCAUUCGAUUUUUAGGAAACAAAAGUGUUUUGUGUGCAAAUACAUGCAGAGCUUGAAUGCAUUGAUCUUGAUAGGUUUUUACAGAUUGAUGUUUACAACGUUUAAUAAUGAUGUACGUAUCUGGAAUUUGGAAAAGUUUGCUACAUUUGGUCGUCUCUCGGGAGCAACUCAAAGUUCCAAAUCUGAAAUAUCGUGUUUGGGAUUUCUGGAUGGCGUGCGACCAAGAAUCUUUACUGGAUCUCGUGACCACCGUCUUAAAAUGUAUGAAAUCAACAUUGAUGGAUUGGGUCUUUUCGAAGCUGCUCAUGAAUUUUCAUCAGCUCAUCAUGAAUGCAUUACAUCCCUUCUUCCUUAUGGCGAUGUUUUGUUCUCUGCAUCCAAAAAUCUGAUUAUGCGUUUUUCAUUGCAAGAUAUGAAGCGGGAUCAUAUAGAGUUGCAAGCUCACAAUAAAUGGAUACAGUCGAUGCGUAUUCUAGAAGCGGAUAAGCCAUUAUUGGUUACAGCUUGUAAAGAAGCACGUAUAAAAUUAUGGGAUAUAACUAGUACUCGUAAAUUACGCCUCCUUUACGAGAUUGAUCAUGCUCAUGACGGAGCAAUCAACGAAAUAGCAACGUAUUCGAGCAUGUUAUUUACAGUGUUUAAUUAUUUUUAUGAUUCAGAAUUGUUCCGAUCGAUAGAAAAACAAAAGUUCAGAUGCUUCUAUGUUGCUGCAUUUCAUAAAUUUUCAUUUGAAUUUGCAAAUUUUUUUUAUAAGUUGGCUUCUGAGUAG